GGAUGUUUUGGUCAGAUGUCAUUUACGUUGCGAUACUUUUGUUCGGUGUAUUUAUCGGAUCUUUGUAUCAAAAAAUCGAGGAUGUAUUCAUGAAGCAGUGGACCUGUACGAUCCUCGGUUUCAUUUUGGCUAUCAUCGUUUCUGGAAGUCAUGUAAUUCAUCCUGUAAUCUGUACUGUGAUUAACGCGAUUCUCAUAACCAAGCUCUCUCCAAAAAAAUGUCAUCUAGCCAGCUUCUUUUUCUCAUUCUUCUAUCUGAUCUUCCUAUUCCGACUAGGGGAAUAUAUUGGUCUCCCAGAGUCACCCUCUCACACAAACCUUGUGCUGAUGAUAUUAACGCUAAAAUUAUCUGGAUUAGCGUUUGAAGUAAAUGCAGCCAGUACCUCGACACCUGAAGAUCCAGAAGGAGUAAACUCUGAAGCAAUAAGAAAUGUAGGAAUUUUGGACGUUUUUCAUUAUGGAUUUAGUUACAUGGGGAUCUUGACCGGCCCCUAUUAUCGUUAUAGAACAUAUUGGGAUCAUUUGCAUAGACCAUUUUCUAAGUAUGUGGAUCCAAGGCCUCUUACGUACUACAAGCUCAAACAAACUGCAUGUUUCGUUGUGUUAUAUCUUGUGAUGAAUGAAUUAUACCCUACCAGAUACGUCGCUACAGAUGAGUUCGCAGAACGGGCGUUUCUAUACAAAUACUUUUACAUGUACCCCACGUUUCUUUGUUUUAAAUUAAGGAUGUACAUUGGCAUGGCUUUGGCCGAAUGUGCUUGCCAGAUGGCUGGACUUGGAGCAUAUCCUGUGAAGUGCAAUCCUGUAAUAGGUCUAGGACCUCGCGAUUAUAAGAGCAUUCAAACCAUGUCUGCUUCACCUGAAAAAUUGAAGGAUGAAGAAUACAACUUCGAGACUGUAUACAACAUGAAUGUCUGGAAGUUAGAGAAGUGUCACUCAACAAGAACGGCUAUGAGAUCAUGGAAUGCUUGUAUUCAAUAUUGGAUGGGCGUUUACGUGUACAAAAGAUUUCCGUACAAAAAUUUACGAACUCUGGCCACGUUCACGCUCUCAGCUGUGUGGCACGGUUGGCAAGCCGGUUACUACCUCUGCAUUUGUCAGAUUCCUUUGUUUUUAAUGAGCGAGGAUAUAGGAAUGAAAUUUUAUAACCAAAGCAAGGAAAAUAGUUUGGCCCGGAGGGGAUGGCAGUUAAUCUUAUGGUAUGAGAAAACAACCUGCAUGGCAUAUUUAGGAGUACCAUUCCUAUUGCUAGGGAUGCAAGAGUCAAUACAAUAUUACAAAAGCAUAUACUGUGCAGGGCAUAUUGUAGCAAUCGUAUUGUACGUAAUCUUCCGCUGCUUGAAACCCUAUAUUUUAAAAACCCAUAUACAGUAAGGACAA